GAUGCUAUUGUGUGCAUCUAUUCUAUAUGCUAUGUUUGGUAUUCUGCCUGAAAAGUGUAUACCUUAUUUUCAGGCUAAGAUACCUUAAUUCUAUCAAGAUACAAAGAAGCUGUGCAGGUCCUCCUCUUCCUUUCUUCAUAUUCUUUGUCUGCAGCACACAGUGCCAAAACUGGAAAAAAAUGAUGUGGAAAACUUACUUUAACAAAAGCCUCAACUGUGAUGAGCAUUUUGAAGUGUCCUGGUCUUGUUUUUCUGUCUCUGACUUUGCUUCUUUAAAUCAAAUGUUUGCAUUUUUGUAUAAUAUAUUUUACACUUACUUUAGUCUAUUGCCAGUAUCACAAUCAAUAGCUAUUUAUGUUUAAUGCAUGCAUGUGGCCCAGUUUUGAGAAUUGGAGAACUUAAUGGAGAUGAUCUGGCCUGUGCCUUGAGUUCCUAGUCUAAUUUACUGUCAAGGGGGAGUAACUAUUUCAGUUUUUCCACAUGAUUUUGUACUCCAGCCAGUCCUUUUCCCAGAAUUGACUUUCCAACCUAAACAGGAUACUCUGCUUUUAAACUUUGCAUUGUAAAAUGCGCAGCCUUUUUGCUUGUACCUGCCAGUUUCUUACACAUUAAUGAGAGAGCGGGUAGUACUAAGCUAUGCAGUUGCACUUCCUUCAAAAAGGUUGGGUUGAGGUAUUGUUUUGGAGGCAGCUUAGAUAAGAUAUGGGAAAACUGGUUAUCCUGACAUUACCUCAAAAAUACAAGAGCAGCUUUAUUCAUCCUGACGCCUUCCCACCCCUUGCAGCCAUUCUUUGAUGCUUCUCUCUCCCAACACAAAAGUUACUUUCCUUCUUCACAAGAUCAGUUCUCAACAGCUGUUACUAGCUUCUCAGCUCCGGUUUUACCUGGCCCACACCUUUAAGUAAGAGGCAACCCUUACUGAGUGUGACCCUCAACACUUUGCCAGGCAACCGUUGGGGUGCCAGGAGGUCGGGGGCGGCGGGCAGCGAGCCCUGCGGUGCUGCAAUCCCUUGGAGCGCGAGGCCAGCCGAGGACACACGCCGGGUCCCACUUCGCGUUUGUGCCCAGAGGUCGUUCGCACUGAUGAGGUCGGCAGUUCUUAAACCUCUUCAGCCAGGAUCUCCUCCGAUCUUAAGGUAAUAUUGGCUGGCGGGCCUGAGAACGCAGCGAAGAGCGGCGCGGACCCGAGGCGCGGCCAAUCUGCAGAGCCCGAGAGCCCCAGAACGCGCGCUUCCUGCUUUACGGCAAGGGAGCGCGCAUUUGCGACAAUGUGACGCUAGCAAGUUUUGGCGGGAAAAGUCCUGCAUUUGGAUUCCUGUGGUGGCGGGCAAAGGACGGCCUGCCGUGGGACUUAGUGGAGACAUGGCAGUGCCCUUUGUGGAAGACUGGGACUUGGUGCAAACCCUGGGAGAAGGUGCCUAUGGAGAAGUUCAACUUGCUGUGAAUAGAAGAACUGAGGAAGCAGUCGCAGUGAAGAUUGUAGACAUGAAGCGUGCCAUAGACUGUCCAGAAAAUAUUAAAAAAGAGAUCUGUAUCAAUAAAAUGUUAAAUCAUGAGAAUGUAGUGAAAUUCUAUGGGCACAGAAGAGAAGGCAAUAUCCAGUAUUUAUUUCUGGAGUACUGUAGUGGGGGAGAACUUUUUGAUAGAAUAGAGCCAGACAUAGGCAUGCCUGAACAAGAUGCUCAGAGGUUCUUCCAUCAACUCAUGGCAGGGGUGGUUUAUCUGCAUGGUAUUGGAAUAACUCACAGGGAUAUUAAGCCAGAAAAUCUCCUAUUGGAUGAAAGGGAUAACCUCAAAAUCUCUGACUUCGGCUUGGCAACCGUUUUUCGGCACAAUAAUCGUGAGCGUUUAUUGAACAAGAUGUGUGGUACUUUACCAUAUGUUGCUCCAGAGCUUCUGAAGAGAAAAGAAUUUCAUGCAGAACCAGUUGAUGUUUGGUCCUGUGGAAUAGUACUUACUGCAAUGUUGGCUGGAGAAUUGCCGUGGGACCAGCCUAGUGAUAGUUGUCAGGAAUAUUGUGAUUGGAAAGAAAAAAAAACAUACCUCAACCCUUGGAAAAAAAUCGAUUCUGCUCCUCUAGCCCUGCUGCAUAAAAUCCUAGUUGAGAAUCCAUCAGUAAGGAUUACCAUCCCAGACAUCAAAAAAGAUAGAUGGUACAACAAACCACUUAAGAAAGGGGCAAAGAGGCCCCGAGUCACUUCAGGUGGUGUAUCAGAGUCUCCUAGUGGAUUCUCUAAGCAUAUUCAAUCCAAUUUGGACUUCUCUCCAGUAAAUAGUGCUUCUAGUGAAGAAAAUGUGAAGUACUCCAGUUCUCAGCCAGAACCACGGACAGGUCUUUCCUUAUGGGACACUAGCCCUUCAUACAUUGAUAAACUGGUACAAGGGAUCAGUUUUUCCCAGCCCACAUGCCCUGAUCACAUGCUCCUGAAUAGUCAGUUACUCGGCACCCCAGGAUCCUCACAGAACCCCUGGCAGCGCCUGGUCAAAAGAAUGACACGAUUUUUUACCAAAUUGGAUGCAGACAAAUCUUAUCAGUGCCUAAAAGAGACCUGUGAGAAAUUGGGCUAUCAAUGGAAGAAAAGUUGUAUGAAUCAGGUUACUGUAUCAACAACUGAUAGAAGAAACAAUAAACUGAUUUUCAAAGUGAAUUUGGUAGAAAUGGAUGAGAAGAUUUUGGUUGACUUCCGGCUUUCUAAGGGUGAUGGAUUGGAAUUCAAGAGACACUUCCUGAAGAUUAAAGGGAAGCUAAGUGAUGUUGUAAGCAGCCAGAAGGUUUCGCUUCCGGCCACAUGAUAGAUCUGCUGGCUCUGGGAUUCCUGGUGAAUAUAGUGCUGCUAUGUGGACAUUAUUCUUCCUAGAGAAGAUUAUCUUAUUCUGCAAACUGCAAACAAUAGUCCCCAAAGAAUUGUCUUCCCUCUAGCCAAACAUUUUCCAAUUCUUUUUGUAUGUUCUUCAUACAAGUAAUACCUAUAUCUUAAUUGUAAGUACAACUUUGGGCAAGAGGUGGAUAGAAUUCAUUAGCUAUUUCUUCAUCUGCGUUUAGUGUCUGAAUUUGAGACCCAUGUGGUGGAAACCAAGUUUUGGGGGUACAUGAGUUUACCAACUUUUAUACCAAUAUAAUGAAAGAUGAUACUUCUGUCCCAUUUUUACCAAAACAUUUGGUUUCAUCCAAAAAGUGCAUAUUUCCUCCACAUUGACAUAAUUACGUGGAUGGCUUGGUAAAAACAAUCUUGUGAUUUUGGGAUAGUAGGCUUAUCAGUCUGUGAAAUAAAGCCAACUUCAAAAAUCUUAUCCCCAAGAUUUGUACUUAAAUUUUCAGAAGGGCCUGAUCAGGUCUAUAAAUCUGAUUUUGAAUUAUAACUAUUAAUUAAAAUUGCAAGUAGAUUUGUUUUUUUCUGAUAUAGUUAAUAAUAUGUAAAAUACUAAUUAGUCUUUCAAAUAGAAGUUGAGCAUACACCCUAGUGCUUAACUACCUUUACUCUAAAUUACUGUUGCACAUUUUAAAUAUUUUUCUAUAUUAUUUUCUACUUUCACAGCCAUAUUUUAAUUAUUACAGAAAUAAAUUUUAUUUUGAAAGUGAA